AUGAAAACACUUCCCCAAGUAGCCUUGGCCCCAAGGAACGCCCCGUUUCAGGCUCAGACACCCACCGGAUUGCAGAACGACAGCCAGUCUUGGGAGCCACAGGAGGCACAUGCGCCCCUCGCGAUGACCACCCCGACCCAGCCGGCCUACUCGCCUCCUUGCUCCUGGCUGCUGAUGCUGUCCCUUGUCCUCUUGGGAGCCUCUGGGCAGAGCGAUGGGAGUGAGCGGCAGGUGUUGCAGACCGAGGGCCCCCUGCUGGUGGCGGAAGGAAACACGCUGCUGCUGCGGUGCACCGUGGAAGGUUCCUGCACUGACGACGGGAUUAAAUGGGUCAAGGUGAGCGAUCGGGACCAGCAGGAGAUUUAUAACUUCAAACACGGCUUCUUCCCGGGGGUGACGCCGGUGACCCAGCGGACCCUGGAGCCCCUUCAUUGUGACUUUUCCAUCUAUAUCCACAAUGUCACCAGCAAGCAUGCUGGAACCUACCACUGUGUGGGGCUUGAUGACUUGAGUGAGAACCCAGAAAAGAAGCUGCAGGAGGGCACCUCAGUGUUUGUGAAGGGAGCUGGAGCCCCAGAGCCAAACCUCUGGAUCCUGCAGCCCCAGGAGGUGGUGUUGGCAACCACCGGAGACACUGUGUUCCUGAACUGCACAGUGCUUGGACAUGGUCCCCCGGGACCCAUCAGGUGGUUUCGGGGGGCUGGUCUGAGCCGCGAGGCCAUUUACAACUUUGAAGGCCUCUCCCACCCCAACGUGACAGCCGUCCGGGCCUCCAACAGCGAUUUCAGCAUCCUCCUGCAAGGCGUGUCCCCUGAGUACACAGGCACCUACUACUGUGUAAAGUUUUACAGGAAACCCAACAGACAAUACCUGUCCGGACAGGGCACCAGGCUUCGAGUAAAAGCAAAGCCCAUCACCUCUCCCCAAGAGAAAGAACUCACCAAUGAACAUAUAGGCAGGACAUAUCCCUCAGGCCUCCUGUCUGUGCUCACACUUGUGGUCCUGGGGCUGAAGGCCAUGACCUUGGUUGCACUCCUGCUGGCCUGGGCUGCUUGCCGGAGAAGGCAAGAAGACACCAAGACCCCAGACUCAGCAGAACUGUAA